AUGGCCGAUAGUGGUGACCAUGUCGAAGAACAUGCCGAGUCCUUCGACGACGAGAGAGACGACCAACAGCAGUCACCGAAGCAGGAGAAAGAGGCAGAGGAUGGAGAGGCAGCAGAGCCACGAAUCCACAACGAUGAGGCCCACCUGGACCCCAGCCGGUACUGGUUCGCCAGCUCCGCCUUCCCUAUGCUCGCAGGUACCCUGGGGCCUGUCGCCAGUGCCUUCAGUGUCUGUGCUCUGGUGCGGCCCUGGAGACAGUACUAUCCGACAGGGUCAGAUCUCGACCUUGCUGUGUUCAUUGAUGAUCCCAUCUGGCUGACUGUCAUCAACGCCAUCCAGCUAGUCCUGGCCUUGGUUGCAAACGUUAUCCUGCUGCUCAACAUGGCAAGGAAGAUCCGGUGGACCAUUGCCCAGCCUAUCACCAUCGUCACAUGGUAUAUUUCUUCCAUUUUGCUGGUCGCGUUGUGUGCCACCGCCGCUGGUCCCUUGGUGCGGCAGCCACAGACGGAAUAUAUCUGGUCCGGUGCCUUCUACUAUGGCAUCUACGCCGCCAUCCUCUACUUUGUCUGCUCCACGCUCAUGGUGGUCACGGUCUGGGGCGCCCUCAAGGGGUACUACUCCAAGGAUUUCCAGCUCACCACCAGCCAGCGUACCCUCAUGCUGCAGACCAUCAUGUUCCUCAUCUACCUGCUGCUAGGUGCCCUCGUCUUCUCCAAGAUCGAGGGCUGGCCGUUCCUGGAUGGUGUCUACUGGGCCGACGUCACUCUGUUCACCGUCGGGUUUGGCGACUUCUACUGCCAGACCCGCCUAGGCCGUGGUCUCCUGAUCCCCUACGCACUGAUUGGUGUUAUCAGCCUCGGUCUGGUUGUUGGCUCUAUUCGGAGUCUCAUCCUGGAGCGCGGCAGGAGACAGCUGGGCGCGCGGAUGCUAGAGAAGAACCGUAAGCGGAUGCUGAAGCGCAUGAUCCGCCGCGGGAAGGACGAUAUUCUGAUCCCUGUCACGGACGACGAUCGUAGCAUCUCCAGCAAGGCCAGCAACCGCCGCACGCCCACGGCCCUGACGGAGCUCGAGCGCCGCCACAAGGAGUUUGAGCUUAUGAGGAAGAUCCAGGCGCGGUCCGAGAAGAGGCGGCGAUGGAUGGCCAUGGGCGUCUCCACCACGGUGUGGCUGAUUCUGUGGCUGGUGGGCGCCGCCAUCUUCUGGCAGUGCGAGGUGGCCUACCAGGGCUGGACCUACUUUGAUGGCUUCUACUUUGCAUUUGUCUCCCUGACGACGAUUGGGUAUGGCGAUGUCACGCCCAGCAGCCCUGCGGGCAAGUCGUUCUUCGUCUUCUGGUCCCUCCUGGCGCUGCCCACCAUGACGGUCCUCAUCUCCAACGCCGGCGACACCGUGGUCAAGCUGAUCCGGGAGUGGACAGACUGGCUGGGCACGGUGACGGUGCUGCCGGGCGAGAGGGGUAUCAAGAAGGAGCUCAAGGUUCUGGCCAAAGCUCUGUCGGGGGGCAAGGUCUUUGAAGAUGCAGAUGCAGAUGACGAGGAUACUAUAGAAGAGAGCCCGCCAGGUUUCUUGGGACUUGCUCAGCCGCAUCACAAUCACAGUGAAACCGAAGAUGAGGAGGAGGAGGAAGAAGAGGAGGAAGAGGAGGAAAGGUUGAUCGCUGAGGAGGAAGAGGUGGGCCGCCAGCGAAUGAAGACGCAAGUAAACAAGCUUGCAGGUGAAAGCACCCGGCGACCAGAGGAGAAGGGUCAUAUGACGAGGACCAUGUCUAUACCAAGGAUGGCCGCCGACUUCCCCCAGGACAUCCCCGAGGACCGCAACGACUUCACCAUCCUGCUCAUCGACGAGAUCUCGCGCGUGACCCAACACCUCCGUACCCACCCGCCUCGCAAGUACUCGUUCGAGGAAUGGGCGUGGUUCCUCAAGCUCGUCGGAGAGGACGAGUCUAAUGCGGGGACGCACAAGAAGCCCGUGCCGAAGCAGCGGCGGAAGCAACACCAGCAGCAGCACGGCGGGAAGACUGCUGGGAAGGAUAACAGCGGCGGCGGCAGUGAGGAUGGAGAAGGAGGAGGAGGCCACGACGAGGAGGUGGUGGGGGAUGACCCAGAGAACCUGCAGUGGAGCUGGGUAGGGUCCAGGUCACCGCUCAUGGGCAGCCAGGAGGAGGCGGAGUGGGUGCUGGAGGAGCUCGAGAAGAAACUUGCGGGCGAGCUGCGGAACAUGAAGGAUGAGGCGCUGGCGAGGGUGAGGUCGGCCCCGCAGCAGACGUCGAAAGAAACAUGA